AUGCUGGCUUCCCGUGCACUUUUGGUCGGAAGACUGCUGGCUCGUGGAGUCGCUGCCAAGAAGGUGAACCCCACUGGCCUUCGCAACCAGAUCGUACGCCAUGGACACGACUGGUCUUAUCGAGUAAAUGGUCCGAAGCCGGAGUUGCUGGCUCGGGUUGGUGCGCAAGUUGCCGGAGGUUUCAUGUGGUGGUGGAUUCUUUGGCAUCUGUUCCACGAAUACGAACACAUUACGGGUGAAUUCGAAUAUCCCGAUCCGUCUUCGUGGACCAACUCUGAGCUGGGUAUACCGUCAAGUGAUUUGGACGAGUAA